AUGCAGAGGGUCGCCUCGAAAGCACCGGCAUCUUUCGCGCCCCAGGUGAAGGACACGCAGAAGCGUCUCAAUCUACUAUUUGACCAUCUGAACAACGAAGACUUGGUCAAGUCAGACACCAUUGGCCAGCUUUCAGAGCUCGCGGAAGCUUUGCAGGCAAGAAACUAUGAUGCUGCACACCGACUGCAAGUUGAUAUUCAGAAAGAGAAGACUGAAGAAUGUGGCAACUGGAUGGUCGGUGUCAAGCGACUGAUUGGUAUGAGCAAGGCUACGCCGUGA